GGUGCUUUGCUGACGGAGGAAAUGAACCGGCUGACUCAGGUAGCGGAGGAGGAGAUCUGACAACUCUGUAAGUUAGCUGUGGUGCCAGUUCUACCUCACCUAUCCGUCUCUUAUUACAAAACAUGUCUGGUAUACAGCUUAACCUUGGCCCCCUCAAGGAGCCGUUGGGGUUCAUCAAAAUCCUGGAGUGGGUGUUCUCUAUUUUUUCAUUCGCUACUUGUGGAGGCUACAGUGGCAGCACUAGCGUUAUUUUGUCCUGUAAAAACACAACAGCGCACCCUGACAACCAUACCAUUCAGGCUUCAUUCAUGUAUCCAUUCAGGUUAAACACUGUCGUAUUUAAAGGAGUUCAGGAUGCAUGUGGAGUGCCAUGGAAAGAUCUACAUUUAACUGGAGAUUUUUCCCCACCAUCCGAAUUCUACGUCACCAUUGGAGUUUUUGCCUUUCUCUACUGUAUGGGCGCUCUUGUUUUAUACCUUGGGUACAUGCAUUUAUAUCGGGAUUCUGCAAAACUUCCGUUGGUUGACUUCGGGAUUACAGUCAUCUUUGCCUUCAUGUGGCUGGUCAGUUCUUCGGCAUGGGCUAAAGGUUUGACGGAUAUCAAGACAUCUACUGAUCCAGCUGUGAUUGUAGACCAUUAUUGCACCAAUGAUGUUAUCUGUAACCCUGGUGAUCAUACCAGCAUGAGAAGCCUAAACAUUUCUGUGGUUUUCGGAUUCCUAAAUCUGAUAUUGUGGGCAGGAAAUGCUUGGUUUGUAUACAAGGAAACAAAGCUACAUUCCGAACCACUGCCCUCUGAUACGGAAAAAGGCCCUGGAAAUGAUCCCCCUCCUUCAUCGAUGUAAUAUGAAACAAACGUCCAGCUAAAUAUUUGUGGCACCACAGUUUUUUUUCUUCAUCGUGUGUUGUUAAGAAGCCAUUGGAUACUGUAUAUGUUAAAAAUCAGUGGAUGUUUCUGCUGAAAAUAGUCUUUAAACUGUGAUACAGAAUUGUUUCUUUUGCAGUAUGUUUUUUGUGGGAAAAAUAUGGGCGUGAGACAGUUUAUGAGCUUUAAGCAACACUAAGAGGUUUUAGAUAAUUCUGUCCAAAAUUGUGUUUCAAUUUGACUUGUAUUAAAUACAGCACACAGUACUGUUCUAAUCCUAGGAUACGUUAUUGGGGCCUCUCCUAAAAGGGACAUAGUUGUGCGCAUUAACAUUAAUUAAUCCCUUCCAUUUGUACAUUUGCAGCAUAAUAAAAAAAACUACAGAUGUAAAUUUGCAUCUUGUAUGCAGCAUUGGUCUGGUUUUAAUUCUCAGCUCAUGUUUGUUACCUGAAAGUAGCGUAAAUACAGCCAACGAGGGGCUGUAUCACCCAUGAUAUUAAAGGGACAUGAAACCCUUUUUUCCUUUCAUGAUUCAGAUGGAGCAUACAAUUUUUAUCAGAUUUAUUUCUAUUUCAAAUAUGCUUGGUAUCCUUUGUUGAAGCAUAUCAGGUGAGCCAAUGACAAAACAUGUCUGUGCAGCCACCACUCAGCAGCAAGCUCCCAGUAGUGCAUUGCUGCUCCUGAGCCUGCCUAGGUAUGCAUUUCAACAAAGGAUACCAACAAAAGCUAAUUAGACAAGUAAAUUGGAAAGUUAUUUAAAAUUGCAUGCUCUAUCUAAAUCACAAAUGUUUUGUUUAUUUUUUUUACUUAACUGUCCCUUUAACAUGAAUGCAAUGUAUGCAUUCUCUCCUCACUCCAAUUGCUGAGUGUUGUUUGUUUGAAGAGGUCUGCAUAGGUCCAUACAUAACUCACAUUGCAUAGCACGUAAAAGGUUUCCUGAUUUUGUUUAAAUAUGUUUUUGUGUUGGAGAGUUGACAGGGCCAACCCUGCAUAAAGGUUAAAAUAUAUUCAAAAUAAAAAUGUUUUAUAUGUAUGUUGCAAAUGCAGAAAUGUAAGUGAUUAAUGUUAGCGCGUCACUUCCAUGUCUAAUAUAAAUUAUAGCUAUGUUCUUUAAAGGCUUGCAAUAUUUUGAAAGUUUAACAUGCACAUCAGAGUAAUAGAACUGCUUUUUUAUAUUCUACAUUUAUUUAGAAGUUGUUUAUUAUGUUAGUUUUAUUAUACAAAUUCCCAAGUUUCAAUGUUUCUUUAUGAAAACUCUUAAAAUUGUUUAAAUUUGAAAAGCUGGUGCAGGUUAGUUAUUUGCUCUUGCUUGAAAGAAGGAAAAAAAAAGUAGAUCUGUGCAUUGAGGUUUCAGAUGCCUCCAAAUGCGUUAGGUGGUGGUCCCUCGCGCCUGAAUGCACAUAUCUAAAAAAAUAAAUCAAUAAAAAUAGUGAUUUCAUUUCCCCCUUUGCUUGGGUUGAUAGUUUAAUGUUUGUGUACAUGACCUAUUUGUUCUAAAGCAUUUGUACCUUCAAAAAUCGUAUUAAAGAUAUGUUUGUGUUGUA